AUGAUACCAGAGAAUAUAUAUAUAUAUAAAACAUUUUCAAAUUUACAGCCUCCAACACGAUCUUGUCAAAAACAAAUGGAAUUUUCACACCGUCUGGAGAAUCACUUCUUACUCAAUUCUGCAGAAGCGCGAGUAAAAAGGAUUGGAUUGAGUUCACGACUUACGAUUGUAUGUUUGGGGCUCCAUGUAUGGGGGUUUAUAGCUACCGCGUAGCUCCAGCUUAGCCUACAUUUUCUCCGUGGCUUUAUAAUUUAUCAGGGCGAUCUGAAGUUUUAUAUUAACUACCGUUUUCGUAGUCUAGCGUUAUUAUAUAUUGGUAGAUUCUCAUAGGGGUUGAUGUUCUCUAGGGGGGGGGGGGUGGAAUUGGAUGUCUUCGGCGUAAAAACGUCCAUCGAACCAAAUGUUUUGAUCUUAGUAUCAUACCGAGGUAUCAUAUAAAAAAAAACAUCUAAAGUUCGCGCCGAAGUUCCUUAUGGAGCCCAUCCUACGGAGUCCAUCAAUUUAAAUUCGCAAGGAAUCAAAAAACAAUUCUAGAUUUAA